CUGACUCACACCGACAUGCCCCGGUGCUCGGGCUGAACCGGGACUGCAGCCGCUGGAGGGGUCAUGUGACGGGCGUGGCGGGGUGGAGAACUUUGUCCCGGUUUACCUGUGCGUGCGUGUUUGUGCAUGACAUGUGGUUUGAGUUUCAACUUGGGUGAUUAAACGGUGAUAAUGUCAAAGACAAGCUUCACAUUCAGCCUGUAACUAUUUAGUUCAGCUCAAUUGUAUUCUGUUUUACAACACGGUGAGACGCACGGACUCAACGUGGACUGCCGGUAGUUUAUACGGUGCUGAUGAUCUGAUAGUCGGUCUGUCUCGGAUUCUGUCUGCUUUGAGGAGAAAUGUCGCCAUUUGUGGAAACCUUAUUUUAUUAGUGUUAUUUGGGACAAAUCGUGGGAAGCUGGUGGACACGGAUACAAAUACAACAUGAGCUGAGACAGUUGAACUCUUUUAGGAAAAGUUUGGUAAAUCUUCCGGUUCAACCGUGGAUUGUGUAUUUAAUGUUCCUCGGUAACACGCGGGCUGUAAUAUAUGUUGGGUGGGAUUUAUUGAUCCCAUCAGGUGAUUAUCGGUUAGGUCUUGUUAAAGUCUAGCGCCAUGGCUCUAUCUCAGCUGCAGUGUCUAGAUGAGCAUCACGUCAACUGGCGAGUGACCGAGUCCAAACCGGAGUUCUUCUACAGCGAGGACCAGCGGCUCGCCCUGGAGGCUCUGCUUACAGGGGGACGCGACGCCUUCAGCGGCUACCUCCGGGACCAUGGCCUCCAACACUUCCUGUCUGAACCGGAGCUCAUGCGGCUGGCGCGCACCGUGGAGGCCUACAGGCCCGGAGGCGAGCACCUCAAGGCCGAGGCGGGAGCGAGCAGCGCGGCCCCGAGGGAAUGUGACGGCGGCACUGGGCCACUGUCUUUACAGUACUGGCCCGACCGCUCUGAAGGUUCUGUACCUGACCUGGACCUGGGCUGGCCUGACGCUGCGUCAUACCGCGGAGUGACACGCGUCAACGUGCACACGCAGCCCCCAGCUGAUGGUCACACGCACAUCAAGGAGGUGGUCCGGAAGAACAUAGCACAGGCUCAGAAGGUGAUAGCGGUAGUGAUGGAUCAGUUUAGUGACGUUGACAUCUACAAGGACCUGUUAGAUGCAGCCUAUAAGAGAAGAGUCCCUGUCUACAUCAUCGUGGACACCGCUGCCGUCUCCUGCUUCCUGGACAUGUGUUGUAGAGCCAACAUGCACCAGGGACACCUCAAGAACCUGCGUGUUCGCUGUAGUGACGGAGUAGAGUUCUACACCCGCUCGGCUCAGAAGGUCCGAGGGUCCCUCAGUCAGAGAUACAUGCUCAUAGACGGAGACAGAGCUGUGACUGGAUCAUACAGCUUCACGUGGUCGGCGUCUCGUCUGGACCGGAACCUGAUCACGGUUUUGAGCGGUCAGGCAGUUGAGACAUUCGACAAACAGUUCCGUGACCUCUACAUGACCUCUAGGGGCGUGUCCCUCGCCAAGGUUCCGCUGGAGGAGGAGCCUAUCCCCGACUUCACCCCCACCGCCGCCCCCGCCCCUGUCUCCGCAGCCGUUGCUAGGAAACUCAUCAACCCUAAAUACGCCCUCGUUACGGCACAGGCUAAAGCUAACAAUGCUAGCCCAGCCAGCUCCGCUAACGACUCUAGCAACAAGAACUCCACUACCCAGAAUCCACUGGGACGGGUUCUAAAGCCUGCCAGAGAGCCAGUGGAGGCCCCGCCCCUCCACCCAGGACUAGCCAAUCUGGAGAAGGCGUACCUGAUCCUGUACCUGCCCACCUGGCCGGAGCCAGACCCUCCCAGCGACGUGAUUGGCUUCAUCAACGUGAGAGACGCGUCCCGCCCCCAACAGGUCCACCUCCAGAGAAGUCAACAGUUUGAGACCAGCCAGGCCAUCAGGUUCAGCUCUCCCUUCAGUCUGCCUGAUAAACCCCUAACCCCUAACCUCUGACCCUAACAGGUCCACCUCCAGAGAAGUCAACAGUUUGAGACCAGCCAGGCCAUCAGGUUCAGCUCUCCCUUCAGUCUGCCUGAUAAACCCCUAACCCCUAACCUCUGACCCUAACAGGUCCACCUCCAGAGAAGUCAACAGUUUGAGACCAGCCAGGCCAUCAGGUUCAG